CCAGAAUCCAGGGUGUGCUAGAUCGAGUGAAAUGACGCGGGAGAUUUUUCUUCUGCUUAGGAAGUGGAUAAAACUACUCCGUAAACAGGGGGCUGGAUAUUCAUCCAUAUUCCUGUUAAAAUCGCCCAGAGGCUAGCAUUUGGUUCGUAAAAAUAUUUAGACAUUUCGCAUUAUGGCCGUAUAAACAUCAUGACUUAUCUUCAGACUUCUCUUCACCAAACAACCACAUCCCAGCACCAAGGACAAACACUGCAAUUCUCCCAUCCCUCACGAGCUCUCUCAGAAUCUGUAUCCAAGCCCGUGCAUUCUUGAGUUCGCCGUCUCUAGCUCGUGUCAAAACUCUCGUUCCACACAACACAACCUCCCCAGUCAAGAACAGUACAAACGGAUUUUGGGCAGUUGCAGGAGGCGGAGGAUUCGGUCCGAAGGUCAAAACAGAGGACCGGAACAGACUGAGUAAAUAUAUGCCCAUUGCUAGAGAGAACACCACAUGUACGAGUUUCCAAAUGGAUGUAAUCCGUUGCUCCGCCGGCGAAGCAGGUUGCGAAUUCCCGCCAAAGAAGAAUUUGGCUAGGUAUGGUGGAACACCAAAGCCGGAAGCAAUAUCGGCUAGAUUAAACGCUGGGCCUUCUCCGCCGCCAGGGAAGGUAUCGCUGCCAGCUGGUCCUCCAGCUAAUAAGCUGCUUAGCAAAGCCGCUGGGUUUUGCUCAGGAGUCUGUUGGUCCAAAGGCUGUUGUGAGCGUAAAAGAGCCCGCAGAUACUCUUCCUGUGCUUUGAGACCUUCGGGAGUCUGAUCUUCGACAUUGGGCGAUGGAGGUAGAGGGGAAAUGGAUUUCGGCGGUGCAUGUGGGCGGUGUUCGGGGGUUGGGGUAGAAUCGGAAAGCGCGAGAUGAUAUAUAUCUUACUGUUUGCAGGUGUCCGUCCACUGAGACUGGUGAUCUUGUCGAGCCUCGCAGAACCAUCUGCUCUAAUUUUAGCUUCGCGGCGUUCACGCCGGAGGCGAGCUGCCCGCUGGGCUGGCGAUUCCUCUGUUGCUGACAUUGUGGUUGGUAAGUAGGGUAUAUAGGUCCGGAUAUUAUUUAAAAGUCAGCUCGUCUUUCGAUGUCUUACGAAUUUUGGUGAGAUGUUCCAACAAAGCUCAUCGUCGAUACCUACUUGGCAUCAUGCUACUGAGGUCACAUGAUAAGUUAGUUACUUCCAAAUACCCGUGGACGCUGCCAAGAGCGAUCAACUCCAAGCUCUUUCUACAUAACCAACCUCUGGACAAGUUCAAACUACACGCUUGAAUAUUUACUCAUACUCUAGUCCGUGCUGUUGACAGCAAUGCGAUGUUCUGUAGGUCUACCUAAGUUAUGCAAUCUGAUAUAUCUUUCUCAUUGCAAGAACAGGGAUAGGCUCCUCCAUGUGUCAAGACCUCCAUUAUUCUUAAAGGAAUUGAAUCGAUUCCUAAGAAACCUUUCUGAACUUUUUCAUUCAGCUUUAGAUAUUACCCCAAUGCUUGAAAUUCCAGAACGGUUUGGCAUCCACGCUAAUGGCGUGAUAAUCACAUAAUGUCCGCCUGACGACCAAACCAGACAGGGAAGAAGUCUUUGCCAGGGAAGCGUUUGGCUGGUACCGGUUUUCCCUUCUGCAUCAGGGAGGGAGAAUUGGAAGUGGAUCUUCUGCUCUCUAGAAUCUGUUUGCUUCCUAUAGGCUCAGAUUGGGAUUCAGCCGAUGACGCUGAAGUGGACAUUUUGUCACGUGGGUCAAGAACCCUAACCAGAAACCCGUCCCCGGAUUUGAUCGCCAUGAACGUCGUCACUUGGGUUGGAUGCAAGGAAUCCUGGCUAUUGUUUUGAAUUGGUGCGGCAGAUUGAUACCUUACUGGUCCCUAUACUAAUUAAAAGGGCUGUACCAAUUGAUGGCGGUAGUAAACCUUGGAUCCCACAAGGCUAUUCUAAAAUCGCCACGAUGACGUCUCUGCUACCAGAAAAGCUUCAAUGGCGCCAAUUCGAUAUUAUUUAUCAAGACUAUAUUUUGGGCUAGCCUCUUCCUUAUAGAUGUUAGCUGGAUUAUUUGACCUUCUUCUCUGAUGAGGUCGAGGACGAGUCCUGAUAACCACUUCUCGUCCAGCAGCCGAUCACGCGUUUCUGUUCUGCAUUCUAUCAAUUAGCUUUGCCAGUCAAUAUGACAAGUGAAACUCAAAGGUACCCUGGUGGGCAUUGGGGCGCAAACAAUCCGAUUCCCACAGUCCAAAAAUUCCUGCGUAACUUGGACCAGGAAAAGGAGGAGAGGGAUAGGCAAAUUGAUGAAGCGGCGAAGCUCAAGCAAAAAAGGGGACAGGAUAAGCAGAAGCAAAAUGGCGAACAAGAUGAGGAUACGGAAGUGACAGCCCAUACCCCUUUGCAGCCGAGGAAACGUGGGCGCAAAGUAAUAGACCCGACAACUGGAAGAGAAGUUGAGAUUGAUGACGUUGGAGAUGAAUUCAUGGCCACAGUUAAAGAGCCACAGCUUUCCGUACCCAAUGCAAAUCUGGGGAAGGAGACGCCUAUUAAAACAGAGCCCACCCAAGAUUUGCGAGAAUACAAACGAAUUCAAGACCUCGUCUCACCGCCAGAUCCUAUUGCCGAAGGCACUACAUCUGAUGUGCCAAUCCAUGGAGAGAAAACCAACAUCUUGUUUCAUCCUACUCCAUCAGUCAGCUAUGAGCCAAUGUACCAGGCUUUGGAAAGACGUGGGACGGUGCUUUCUCUGUGUAUUUUUUGUGGUAUUGUGAUUCCGGGUAAAUUGAUCGGUGGCUCACUCAAAGGGCUCAUUCCUCUCGCUAUCUGUAUUACCUCUGGAGUAUGGCUGUGGAUGCAGGAUAUCAUCCGCAAAGGACGAGAUAUGGAAUGGAGCAGCGAACAACGUCGCGGGGAAACGGCCACAGUGAAUUUAAUUCCAGAGUCAGUUGAAUGGAUGAAUACGUUUCUGUCAAUAGUCUGGGGUCUCCUAAAUCCAGACAUGUUCGCAAGCGUAGCAGAUACUAUCGAGGAUAUUAUGCAGGCUUCCGUACCGGGAAUAAUCGAGAAUGUCCGUGUGGCUGAGAUCGACCAAGGAUCGAACCCAUUUCGGAUCCUCAGCUUGCGAGCACUCCCAGAUAGCCAAGUGGAGGACCUCAAAAACGCAGCGCAUGAAUACAACAAGGAGACAAAAUCUGCUCAAGAAGCUGCUGCUGAUGAGGAAGGAGGCUCCCAUUACAACCUCGAAUGCUCGUUUGCUUACCACGCUAAACCAAGCGGUACAAGCUCUUCCUCGAAGGCUGCCAAUAUGCAUAUGCUUUUGGUAUUUUACCUGGGUAUCAAGGGACUUUUCGGGGUUCCACUGCCAGUUUUCACCGAAUUAAUCCAGCUCAUUGGCACUGUGAGGCUUCGAUUACAGAUGACUCCUGACCCGCCCUUCGCUAAAACCUUGACAUUCAGCUUGAUGGGAGUCCCUCAUGUCCGGGCCGGUUGCGUCCCAAUGGUCAAGAGAGGAGUAAAUAUCCUCAAUUUGCCGCUGAUCUCCAAUUUUGUGAACUACGCCAUCAAAACUGCUGCGAGCAUGUAUGUUGCGCCAAAAUCGAUGUGUAUGGAUCUACGCAUGCUACUACAAGGAGAUACCAUACAAAAGGAUACUCUGGCACUAGGAAUUAUGUGGGUCAGGAUACACAGAGCCACAGGCCUUAGCAAACAGGAUAAACGAGGCACCGACGGUGGAGGUAGCGACCCUUACAUCAAUCUAUCUUUUUCAAAAUACGGAAAGCCGAUGUAUUGUACCAGAGUCAUCACCGAUGAUCUCAAUCCAGUAUGGGAAGAGUCAGCCGCCCUUCUAGUGACACCAGAGCUCAUUAAGGCCGACGAACAGCUCAGUGUCGAGCUAUGGGAUUCUGAUCGCAAUACUGCUGAUGAUAUUGUUGGAAAAGUCGAAAUUUCCAUACAGAAGAUGUUGAAGCACCCGGGAAAGAUGUACCAGCUAACUUCCAAGCUUCAAGGGAUGGAUAUUGGCUCUGAGAUGCCUGGGGAGCUUGUUUGGGAGGUAGGAUACUUCGGGAAACCGCAAUUCCGACCGGCUCUUCGGACCGAUGGGAGGGAUCCAAAUCUACCUGCGACAAUGAAGGAUGAUGCAGCACUGCAAGAUGAGAAGGGUACUAUUGACACUGAUGAAGCUUAUGCUGUCACCCAUACACCUCCAGAUCCGCUUUGGCCAAGUGGUAUUUGCAGUGUUGUCAUUCACCAAAUCGUUAAUUUGGACCUAGCAAACAUUAAAGGGAGUUUUGCGAACGGCCGAAGCAGUAAUAGGGAGUACGAACCCGCAAAACCAUAUGGAGAAAGUACAGAUGAAGAAGGAAAGCAACUUCCAACUAGUUACUGUACAAUCCUUUUGAACGAUGAGCUUAUUUACCGCACCAGAGCAAAAGCUGUAAGCAGCAAACCCAUAUUCAAUACAGGAACAGAAAAGUUUGUGCGAGAUUGGAGAUCCGCGAUUGUUACCAUUACGGUCCGGGACCAAAGACACCGGGAACAUGAUCCAAUUCUAGGUGUUGUGCCCCUUAAACUGUCUGCUAUUUUACAAACCAGUUCCCAAGUAACCCGUUGGUAUCCAUUGGAUGGAGGCAUUGGCUUCGGACGUAUUCGAAUUUCUCUUUUGUUCAGAAGUGUCGAAACAAGGUUGCCGCCUCCUCUUCUCGGUUGGAACGUCGGGUCUUUCCAGAUUACAUCAGAUCGCAUUACCGCCCUGGAUUAUCAUCGUCAUGCCAAACUAAGGGUACGAACAAGUGGGAGUAUUGGUACGCUACCCCGACGAGCGUGCGGUACUCUUGAGGGCGGCAAGGGCAUGUACUUCGACACCAGCUCUCAAGAGCUGAAAGAUCGGAUCCACCUACCAGUCAAACAUAGACAUAGGUCUGGAAUCAUUUUCGAGCUGCACAAAGGGGAUAAGCCGGGCUGCGCCGUCUUCUGGCUUCAUCAAUGCAUUGAUAACGAAGACACGGACGUCGAUAUCCCGAUCUGGAACACAAAGAACGAAGCGCGCCUGACGCAGAACUAUAUCACUGAAGAAAACUGGCAACAGAAACAAGUUCCAGGCCUGGAAGACCUUACCAUCAUAGGGCGUCUUCGGUUCAAAGCCAAAUUCACCCCGGGUAUUGAUGAAAGCCACCGCCGUUUUGUUCAGGAUAACGACUCCCGUGAAACAUUUGAGACGUGGGAAGCAUGCAUAUCCGAAGGAGUACGGAGUCAAACUGUUUCAAGAGAAUUACCAGACUCCAUCAAAGAGUUGCAUGACAAGUCUCUCCUCCAAGAGCGUGAUAUCCUCCGAGCAGCAAGUGCGGACGAGCAAAAACGCUGGAUUACUGCCGACGGGGUCGAUUGGAACGAGGCAUUCGGCACUGAUCCCCAUGAGCUUGCCGAUCACCAACGACGUAACCUCGUUGACAUAGGCGUCGAGGACCAUGUGCGGUUUUCAGUGUCGUCUAUGCAAGGCGAGGAACGGAAGGGCGCGGAGGCUUCCCACUCAGGGUCUUUGAGACAGGAUUCAGGUUAUGCAACAAACAGCCGGGAGCAAAAUCUUCCUGAACAUGCACGCGAUGAUAUCAAUGAAAACGCCGUCGACGACCACAGUGAGCAUCAUCACCAAUCCGGAACUGACGCGGACGAGGCCGAUUCGUUCACCACCACGGAUACCAAUCGAAGAUCGUUAGAGACCAACGAGCAGCGUGCGCAACGCAUCGGGAACAAGGCAAAUAAACGGACUGAGCAUCGCAAGCAGAGGGGAAUUAUGCAGUGGAAGCCAGCGCGUAACGCGGCGUUUGCGAAGGAUGAGGCUUCUUUCGCCCUGAAGAAGGUUAAAAAGAAGUUUACGGGCGGGCUGACGGGGAGGGAACCUAGUGUCGAGACAGAGGUAGGCGGUUAAUGGGAGGAUUACGGUUACAGUUAACUACUGCAGUUUCGCUAAUAGUGGGAAAUAUUCGUUUAUCCUACUUGAACUCUUGCAUUUCAUGCAAUGAUUUUAUUUUAUUUUUCCCCUUUCUUUUUUUAUCCCCUUCCAUAUGUACUGUACCUAUUUUAAUCCUUCUAUCACGUUACGAUUUCCAAUAAUAUCUAUCAAUUUGUCAAAUAUUAAAUUUACCGAGGGCUCAUCCGCCCACCACACACGCGAAAUAUAUUCUCUAUGAAUUUUCCCCAUCUUCUCCACACUUUGGCCCCCCAAGCUACCUUCCUAUGCUAUGCCCUGUGUGAUCCUUCCAGCCCGCUAGCUAUGUACAGCACGUAGCUCCCCCGACCCCCUUAGCAACUGGGGAGAUAAUAUCUAUCCGGCGCUCGGGCUAGAGUCAAUCGAAUGGUAAUCCGCCCCCGCCUUCCUGAAUAGGCAGCUGACUGAAAUAAGAAGGAUGUUGAUACAAAUGGUUCGGCCCCCUUAACUACCAGUUUUAAGCCUGGUUGGUGGUGAUGGAGCUCUUCUGCCCAGUCAGUGGCCUACACAGAGGAACCUCCCCCCCCCCCCCCGGGGC